GAAGAUAGGAUUUUUUGUUUCGAUUUUGCAGCGAUGAGGCAUAAACAUGUGUACAAACAACCAAAUUGAAAAAAUGACUUUUUAAGCAAAAAUUUCUUAGCACCUAAAUUUCUUGCAUCAUUGUUUCAUCCUGCUAUGGAGUUAGAAAGUGUAUUUCUUUCAUAUAUCCGUCACAUAUUUAGUAAAUGGACUGGAUUUCAAGCUGCUAUUGAUGAAGGGAUGGGUGGUCCCUAUGCUCGAGAAAAAGAAAUAUGGAUUGCUGAAGAAGUGGAAAACUACUUUAAACGUUAUGAUGAUAUAAAACCGGAAGACAUUGUAGAAUACCUUGGUACAAUGAUUGAAAAUGAGUUUGAAACAUAUUUUGAAGAUGGCAGCUUAGAUCAGAUUUCAGAAAAUUUCUGUCGAGCCUAUCAACUGUCUACAACAAAUCCAAAUGCCGAGAUGUUUCAAGAAAGUAAUAAAGCUGCGAGAACAAGAAAUUCUCAAGAACGACAUGAAACACGCAAGACUGUUGAGGUAUGA